AUGAGUGAGGACCGUAUAUGGGAGGACCAUGUGAGGACCAUGAGUGAGGACCGUAUAUGGGAGGACCAUGUGAGGACCAUGAGUGAGGACCAUCGAACCCUGGAUGGCUUUGUGUUCGUGGUGUCUGCAGAUGGAAAGAUCCUGUACAUCUCUGAGACGGCCUCAGUCCAUCUGGGCUGCAGCCAAUCACAGAGCAGCACACUGAAGCGCACGCUUACAAACCACUGCUUAGUCAAGAGUCCCUAA